AUGACAAUUUCAUUAACAGAAAAUACUGCAAUUUUAUCACAAUUUUUAAGUUUACCUCAAAACGGUAAGGUUUUGGCGGAAUAUAUUUGGAUUGAUGCUGAAGGUAAUACAAGAUCAAAAUGUAAAACUUUAUCAAAGAAGCCAUCAUCAGUUGAUGAUUUACCAGAGUGGAAUUAUGAUGGUUCAUCAACUAUGCAAGCUCCAGGUCAUGAUUCAGAUGUUUAUUUAAGACCAGUUGCUUUUUAUCCAGAUCCAUUCAGAAAAGGUGAUAAUAUCUUAGUUUUAUGUGAAUGUUGGAAUAAUGAUGGUACUCCAAAUAAAUUUAACCAUAGACAUGAAUGUGCUAAAUUAAUGAAGGCUCAUGCUAAUGAAAAAGUUUGGUUUGGUUUAGAACAAGAAUAUACUUUAUUUGACCAAUAUGACUAUCCUUAUGGCUGGCCAAAAGGUGGUUUCCCAGCUCCACAAGGUCCUUACUAUUGUGGUGUAGGUACUGGAAAAGUUGUUGCAAGAGAUGUUAUUGAAGCACAUUAUAGAGCUUGUUUAUAUGCUGGUAUCAACAUAUCUGGUAUCAAUGCUGAAGUUAUGCCUAGUCAAUGGGAAUUUCAAGUAGGUCCAUGUGAAGGAAUAGAAAUGGGUGAUCAAUUGUGGAUGGCUCGUUAUUUGUUAAAUCGUUGUGGGGAAAGUUUUGGAAUCAAGAUUUCCUUCCAUCCAAAACCUGUUAACCAAUCAACAAUCAAUGGUUCAGGUUGUCACACUAAUGUUUCAACAGUUGGUAUGAGAGAAGAAGGUGGUAUGAAAGUGAUAGAAGAAGCUAUAAGUAAAUUGGCUAAAAGACAUAAAGAACAUAUGUUAUUAUAUGGUGCAGAUAAUGAUUUAAGAUUAACAGGAAGUUGUGAAACAGCUGCAAUGGAUAGUUUUUCAUCUGGUGUUGCAAAUAGAGGUGCUUCAAUUAGAAUUCCAAGACAAGUUGCAAAAGAAGGUUUUGGUUAUUUUGAAGAUAGAAGACCUGCGUCUAAUAUAGAUCCAUAUCUUGUCACUGGUAUAAUGGUCGAAACCAUAUGUGGUGCUAUACCUGAUGCUGAUAUGUCAAAAGAGUUUGCAAGAGAAGCUGAAGAUAUUUAG